AUGGCUCCUAUCGCUCUGCAUCCGGAGGACGAGACGAAUGGCCGACGACAUGAAUCUCCAGAGAGUCAUGCUGUCGACCAUGAAACCUCGACCUCGGAAACAAUGAGUUCUCCAGUGGGUACACCAUUGGAGACUCCGGCAUCACCAACUCAUGAGCCUUUAGCUCUGUCCGAAGCUCCUCCUGCGGUCGAAGGGGUUGUUCUCGGUGAGAACUUUGCUGAUGCCACCCAGGCCGCCAACAUGAACAGCAAUGGGACUGGCUCGAAUGGAGUCAACGGCCACCACCGCAAAAACGGUGUAGCCAAUGGCACCAACGGCAAUAUCCCAAGCAAAACCGCCAGCAAAGACAUGCCAUCCAGCCAAGACACAAGACAAAGCAAGCUCCCACCGCCAACCGGACCCAAGUACGAGCCCGUCGCCAUCGUCGGCAUGGCCUGCCGCCUCCCAGGCAGCGUGUCUGACCCUGAAGCCUUCUACGAGCUGUGCUGCUUGGGCCGCAGCGGGUGGAGCGAGAUCCCUCCGCAUCGUUUCAGCAAAGAAGGCUACCACCACCCAAACCCCGACCGCCUUGGGUGCUUCAACCCGGUCGGAGGCUGCUUCCUAACCGAAGACAUCGGACUCUUCGACGCGCCAUUCUUCAAAAUCACCGAGCGUGAAGCCGUAGCCAUGGACCCUCAGCACCGGCUUAUCCUCGAGUGCACGUACGAGGCGCUCGAAAACGCCGGCAUCCCCAUGCACACCAUCUCUGGCAAGAACGUGGGCUGCUUCGCGGGCGGGUCCUUCACCGACUACGAGCUCAACAACCUUCGGGACCUCGAGACGCAGCCCAUGCACCAGAGCACCGGCAACGCGCCGACCAUGAUGGCGAACCGCGUGUCGUACUUUUUCGACUUUCGCGGCCCCAGCCACACGGUCGAGACGGCCUGCUCGUCCAGCCUGACGGCGCUGCACCUCGCCAUGCAGAGCCUGCGGUGCGGCGACUCGUCGCUGGUCGUGCUGGCCUCGAGCCACCUCAACGUCAUGCCGGACCACUUUGUCGCCAUGUCGUCCAACGGCCUGCUGUCGGGCGACGGGCGGUCGUACGCCUUCGACUCGCGUGCCAACGGGUUCGGGCGCGGCGAGGGCGCGGGUGUGAUCAUCCUCAAGCCGCUGGCGGAUGCGCUCCGGGAUGGCGACAACAUCCGUGCCUUGGUGGUUGGGUCCGGCGUCAACCAGGAUGGUCGGACCAACGGCAUCACCAUGCCUAGCGGCGAGUCGCAGCUGGAUCUGAUGCGCAAGGUGUACGCAGACAAUGAACUCGAUCCUCGAGACUGCGGCUACGUCGAGGCCCACGGGACCGGGACGAAAGUAGGUGACCCCCUGGAGAUGAAGGCGCUACAUGAGAUGUUUUGGGAGGACAGAAGCCCCCAGCGUCCGUUGUUGGUUGGAUCUGUAAAGACCAACGUGGGCCACCUCGAGGGCGCCAGUGGUAUCGUUAGUAUGAUCAAGUCUGCCAUGAUGCUGGAAAGGGGCUAUAUACUCCCAAACCAUGAUUUCAGGGAGGGCAACAAGGAGAUACCCUUUGACGAGUGGGGUGUCAAAAUCCCCAGCAAAGUCAUGCCGUGGCCGAGGGGGAAGAAGUAUAUCAGCAUCAACAGCUUCGGCUUUGGAGGUGGCAAUGCUCAUGCCGUCUUGGCUGCGCCGCCGAGGACCAAAACCAAGAAAGCACCUUUCAGGUUGCCCGGGGAGGAGGGACUGAGCCUGGAGGAGCUGGUGGAGAAAAGAAAGGCAGAGCGCGCCGCCAAUGGUGACGAAGUUGGCACGCAGAAUCCAGAGGCGGAUGCAGUUGCGUCUACCAUUACCGACAAUGCCGCCGCAGGUGAUGCUGCUACCACCACCGAGACCGCAGCAACCCCCAAACCCGACCAGCCACUGCAAAAGCGCAUCGAGCCCAAACGUCUCUUCGUCGUCUCCGCAAGCAGCAAAACAGCCCUCGCCAAGCAAAUGGCCAACAUCACCUUCUACAUCGAGCGGCGGCCCAUCGCCUUCCAGAGCGCCGUGCUGCCCAACAUGGCCUACACGCUUGGCCAGCGGCGGUCCUUGCUGCCGUACAAGCACGCCGUCGUCGGGUCCGACAGCACCGCCCUGACUUCGGGCUUCACUUCGUGCCCCGCCAACCCGAUCAGGUCGACGCGCCCCCCGAGGAUCGGCUUCGUGUUUACAGGGCAAGGCGCACAAUGGCACGCCAUGGGUCGCGAGCUGAUGGCGUCGUACCCCGUGUUCCGGGACUCGCUGGAGAGGUUCGAUGCCUGCCUCUCUCGGCUCGGCGCCACCUUUAGUCUGGUCGAGGAGCUGACGGAAAAGGACGCCAAGACGUCGAGGAUCUCAGACGCCGAGCUCAGUCAGCCCGGCUGCACGGGUGUUCAGCUGGCGCUGGUGGACCUGCUCCGCGACUGGGGUGUUCGUCCGGAUGCCGUGGUCGGGCACUCGAGCGGUGAGAUCGGCGCUGCGUAUGCCACUGGCGCGUUGACACUGCACGAGUGCGCGGCUAUUGCGUACUUUAGAGGCCAGUCGGUACUGCAGCUCAAGGCGGCGUACCCGGAUCUAAAGGGUGGUAUGUUGGCGGUCGGGGCAGGUUCAGAUGAGGUCUCGGAGAUGAUCAAGACCAUGACCCCCGACCCUGCUCGCAGAGUGGUUGUCGCGUGCGUCAACAGCCCAGGCAGCAUCACGGCUUCCGGCGAUGUGGCGGCCGUAGAGGAGCUGCAGGCCAAGAUUGAAGAGAAGCAGCUCUUCAACAGGCGGGUGCGCGUCGAGACUGCGUACCACUCGCACCAUAUGGAGUUGGUGGCGGACUGGUAUGGAGCUGCAGUCGGGCCGCUCGAUCCCAAGGCAACAGACCUCAAGCCAAAGGAGGGUCAGCAUGUUGUGGAGUUUUACUCGUCCCUUAAAGGCAAGAGGGUGCGCGACCUCGCCGUCCUCGAUACCUCGUACUGGGUCCAGAACUUGACGCAACCUGUGCUGUUCUCCCAAGCCCUGACAGCAAUGUGUACUCCGGUCGAAGGCAAGGAAAACAUCAACCUGCUGGUCGAGAUCGGCCCACACCCAGCCCUCGAAGGCCCCGCCAAGCAAAUCCUCAAAUCCAUCGACACCCUCUCCAAGAAACCUGCCUAUCUCUCCUCGCUGAUCCGCAACAAAGACGCCGUCGACACCACACUCUCCCUGGCAGCGUCCCUCUUUACACAUGGACGAGCCCUCAACAUGGGCGCUAUCAACUUCCCCGUCCCCGCGGCACGUGCGCCCAAGGUCCUGAGCGACAUGCCCAAGUACGCAUGGGACCACAGCACGCGGUACUGGUACGAGAGUCGGAUCGGGCGGCAGCACCUGUUCCGUAAGUUCCCGCGCAGCGAUGUGGUGGGCAGCCUGGCGGACUGGUCCAACGAACUGGAGCCGACGUGGCGCAACAUCAUCCGCACUGACGACAUGCCGUGGGUUAGGGGUCACGUCAUGCAGGACAUGAUUGUGUACCCGAUGGCCGGCUACUUGAGCAUGGCGGUCGAGGCGGCGGCGCAGAGGGCCAUAUUGGCUGGGGUCGGUCAGAGACAGGAUGGCGGGGAGCAUGACGAGGAGCAAGAGAAGGACAAGCAGCACAACAUUGACAAGUAUGUGUUUCGCGAUGUUACCAUCAGCAGGCCGUUUGUCAUACAGGAGGGCGUUGAUGCAGAGAUCAACAUAACCAUGCGCCCGAACCCAGAGGGCACUCGGGAGUCGUCGACCAUCUGGGACGAGUUCCGCAUAUUCUCUUGGAGCCGCGAGAGGGAGUGGGUUGAGCAUUGUCGUGGGCUCAUUCGAGUUGAGAAAAAGUCGCCACGCGCGCUGGGCCAGGUGAACAACGUCCAUGACGGCAAGGAAGACGAGGCAGCCCGCUUCGAGGCGAAGAAGCACGGGAUUGCACAGGGCUGCACAGAGGCUGUGACUGCUGAGAAUAUCUAUAGAGAUCUGGAGGGUGUAACUGCAAAAUACAGCAGAGAGUUUCGCUCGAUGGAGAACUGCUCGGCCAGCGACACGGCCUGCGUCGCUGAUGUGGUGGUGCCUGAUACGGCAAGGAUCAUGCCCAAGGGCUUCGAGCCAUCCGUUCACAUUCACCCGGCCCUGCUCGAUCAAUUUACCCAUGCGGCGUGGGUUGUGGUUGGUGCUGGGAGGGGGAAGAUACCUUCGCUAUUCAUGCCUCGGUUCUUCAAGAGCCUGUCCAUCUCGGGGGAUCUGCGCAGUCACGUCUCCAAGCCGGGCGACAGAAUGCGAGUGUAUGGCUCUGGGAAUCCAGACUUUUCCAGCCCCGGGUCUACCAAGAUAUCCAUGUUUGCCACGGAUAUUGAGGGUAAGUCAGAGUUGAUUUCGAUGGAGGGACUCGUCCUGGACCCGAUUCAUGACGGAGGGGGCCAUCAUGUCGACGAAGGUAUUGCUAGGGAGCUUUGCUACAAGAUGGAUUGGGUUCCACUCCAUGGCGAGCAAGUGUCUUCAGGAUCCGAGGAUCAGGUCAUGACGUUACCCACGACAAACGGAGGCAAAGACGCAGCCGAUAUCGGGGAAGAACAGACUCCGGCAAAGAACGUCGAUUGGACAAUAUCAGACAACAUUGUCAUUGUUUCGCCGCCGACCCAGCAAAGUUCUACCAGCCUGGCAGAAAACCUGGAGCAUCAGCUCUCCAAGCAUAUUUCCAACAGCAGCGGAAAAUCCAUCACAACCUCCCCGUUCGAAACUGCCAGCCCAGAAGGAUCAGACUCUUCUCCGUACGCCGGCAAAAUCUGUAUUGUCACCACAGAAUUAGACGGGCCACCACUCCUCGCGACAAUCAACGAUGCAGGCUUUGCCGCCGUACGAAGACUCAUCCUAUCCGCCAAGGGCAUCCUCUGGGUCGUGAGAGGGGCUCACACCGAUGCCACAGAUCCUCGGCUCGGUAUGAUUUUCGGUCUAGCAAGAACUGUGCGGUCAGAAACUGGCAUGAAGUUUGCAACACUCGACUUGGAUGGCAAAGCCAGUCCGGACCCUGUAGAGGAAAGCAGACUAAUUUCUGAGGUUGCCUGUCACGUCUUUGGCAAGCGACCCAGCACUGAUGAUGACCUUGUUCAAGAUGGCGACCCAGACAUGGAGUUCCAAGCCAGAGACGGCAUCCUCAGCGUAGCCCGCGUCAGCAACGACACCACCCUAGACGCCUUUGUCGAGCAGCACACCAACGUCGCAACGGCCCCGUACCCACAACCAUUUCACCAGCCAGGCAGACCACUCAAGCUCGUUGCCGGGACCAAAGGAGCCCUCGACACAUUACACUUCAUCGACGACCUGGUCAACACCCCUUCGAACCCCCUGAAUCCCGACGAGAUCCUCAUCGAGAUCAAGGUCACCAGCAUGAACUUUAAAGACAUCAUGGUUUCGAUGGGUGAGGUACCCUCCCCAUACCUUGGAGUCGAGUGUGCCGGCGUCGUCGCAGCCGUCGGCGCCACAGUCCAAGAUUUCAAGAUCGGCGACCGCGUCUGCGCCAGCUCCGAGGGCGCCUACUCGACCUACACUCGCUGCAAAUCCACCAGCGCAGCCCACGUCCCCGACGACAUGACGCUCGAGUCCGCCGCCACCGUGCCCGUCGUCUUUGCCACCGCCUACUACGGGCUUUUCGACGUCGCCAACCUACGCAAGGGCGAGUCGGUGCUGAUCCACGCCGCGGCGGGCGGCGUCGGCCAGGCCGCCGUCAUGCUGGCGCAGAUGGUCGGCGCAGACGUGUAUGCCACGGUGGGCAGCGCCGCCAAGCGCAAGUUCCUGAUGGAGACGUACAACGUCCCCGGUGACCGCAUCUUUUACAGCCGCGACGUGUCCUUCGCCGCCGCCGUUCAGCGCGCCACGGGCGACCGGGGCGGCGUGGACGUGGUGCUCAACUCGCUGGCGGGCGAUGCGCUGCGCGAGACGUGGGAGUGCGUCGCGCCGUUUGGCCGCUUCGUCGAGAUUGGCAAGCGCAGCAUCCUGGCCAACGCAGGCCUGGGCAUGGCCGUCUUUGAUAGGAACGCGACGUUUGCUUCGGUGGACCUGACGCUCGUGGCCAAGGAGAGGCCCCACGUCAUGCGUAGGCUGCUCGACGACGUCUUUCGGUUGAUGAGCUACGGUGCCGUACGACCCAUCUCGCCCAUCACAGUCUUUAGCGUGGCAGAGGUCGAGACGGCGUUCCGCACGCUACAGGCCGGCAAGGCCCACGGCAAGAUCCUGGUGACGGCCGCGCCGGGAGAUGUGGUCAAGGCGACGUACUCGCCACGAACAUUUGAUCGACUGUUCAAGAGUGAAGCCACUUAUCUUGUGGUUGGUGGCACGGGUGGAAUUGGACGAAGUAUUAUCAAGUGGAUGGCGGAGAAGGGGGCUAGGCAUUUGGUUGUCUUGUCUCGUUCCGAAAAUGUCUCGCCCAAGGUGGCUGAGAUGAUCAAGGAGACCGAGGCUGCCCACGGCACAAGAGUAUCAGUAUCUCAGUGUGACGUUGCCCAAGCUGGAGACGUAGAGAGAAUGGUUGCGGAUAUUUCGUCUGCUGGCAUGCCACCCAUCAAGGGUGUGAUACACAGCGCCAUGGUGCUUGAUGACGUCCUCUUUGAAAAGAUGACCUUCCCCCAAUGGGAAAGCGUAGUACGCUCCAAGGUCUCGGGCGCUUGGAACCUCCACACGGCACUCACCAACCACCAGCUCGACUUCUUCAUCGCCCUCAGCUCCGUGGCCGGCAUCAUCGGCAACCAGGGUCAGGCGGCCUACGCCGCCGCCAACACCUUCCUCGACAGCCUGGUGCGCCACCGCCGCGCCCUCGGCCUGCCCGCCGCGUCACUCGACCUCGCCGCCGUCAGCGACACCGGCUACCUAGCCGAGAACGCCGAGCGCCAGCAGGAGGUCCUCAAGCAAAUCGGUGGGGAGGCCAUAUCCGAGAAGGAAAUCCUGGCGCUGAUAGCUGCCGUCGUCGCCGGUGACGAUGCGCAAAAGGCAAGCGGCGGGCAGGUGCUGACGGGUUUGAGGCUGAGCCCGUCGUCACCGACUACUUUCUGGUCGCAAGAUGCCAAGUUCGCACCUUUGAGGGCUAGAGUGAAGGAGCUGCGGGCGGCGGCAGAGGGUGGGGACGGCGCGGCAGCUGCAGCGAGCAUAUCGCCCGGCGCCGCACUGAAGAGGGCUGCGUCGUACUCAGAGGCGCAUUCCAUUGUGGUGGAUGCCCUGCUGGAAAAGGCGGCCGGCGUGUUGAUGCUGCCGCGGGAGGAGCUGGACCCGAGCAAGGGGACAGUCUUCUACGGACUGGACUCGCUCGUUUCGAUUGAGAUCCGGAAUUGGAUCACGAGGGAGUUUGGGGCCGUGCUGCAGAUUCUGGAUCUGUUGAGUAGUGGUUCCUUUCUGGCUCUGGCUGAAACUGUUAUCAGGAAGACGGAGUUGUGUUCUUUUGAGAAAGUCACUGCUUGA